UGCGUCGUCGAUUGGGUCCAGCGAGUUGGUUCGAUGUGGUUGCUACAUGCGCAGCCAUCUCAACCUCUCUCCGGUGGCUUGGUGGUGCACGUUACUUGGUGGUAAUUCUCGUCCGAUGUGGAUGACCUGAGCUAGCUGCGGUGGCCGGCGUCUUGUGACAACUCGAAACCCUAUCCCCUAACCCCCUGAGGUUCUUGCUCAUAUAAAAUGAGUGCCCUGUCUGCCCCAGCACGGUUAUGUUCCCUUUUCUCCUCUCUACCCACGUCAACGGCAAACCGGACUUCACGAUGAAAUUCCAGACGCUUAUUCUGGCUGUGCUUAGCCUCACAAUCGGCGUCAAUGCCUACUGGCUCGAAGACAUAGCUCACCAAGGUGUCGCGCCCUUCGCAGGCAAUGGAUAUACUGUGUUCCGUAAUGUGAGGGACUUCGGGGCCAAGGGAGAUGGAAGUACGGACGAUACUGCGGCUAUCACGGCAGCCAUGAAUACUCCCAACAACAGAUGCCUGCAGGGAUGCGCCUCUACUACGACGACGCCGGCGAUAGUUUACUUCCCGGCCGGGACAUAUGUCAUCUCGUCUUCCAUCGUCCCUCCCUACUUUACUCAGCUAAUUGGCGACCCGAACAACCGUCCCGUCUUCAAAGCUACGCCUAACUUCCAGGGCUUUGGGUUGAUCGACGGUAACCCGUACUACACGGAGAACUUGAACUGGGUAUCGACAAACGUGUUCUAUCGUCAAAUUCGGAACUUUGUCUUUGACACUACUAAUAUCGCGCCGGCGACGCCGGCAACUGGUAUCCACUGGCCGACUUCGCAGGCAACUAGCUUGAUCAACAUCGAGUUUAACAUGCCGACGGAUCCCAGUGUCGUUCACGUGGGACUGUUUAUCGAGAGUGGCUCUGGCGGCUUCAUGAGCGAUUUAACCUUCAAUGGAGGCGCGACAGGAGCCUCCAUGGGUAACCAGCAGUAUACGAUGCGUAAUUUGGUCUUCAACAACUGCAAAACUGCCAUUAUUCAACUCUGGAACUGGGGCUGGACCUACAUCGGCCUCAAGAUCAACAACUGCCAGACCGGAAUCGAUAUUACGGCCGGAGGCGCCGACAGCCUCGAUGUGGGCUCUGUCACAAUUAUCGACAGCACUUUCACAGACACCUCGGUCGGCAUCACGACUGCUGUCCAGCCCGGUUCCAAGCCCGACACGGCUGGUAGUAUCAUCUUGGAGAAUCUGAAUCUCCGGAACGUCCCUGUCGCAGUCAGGGGUCCAAGUGGAACGCUCCUCGAAGGAGGCUCCACGACCAUUGCCGGGUGGGGCCAAGGCCACCAGUACACCCCCGACGGGCCCAGGACGUUCCAGGGCGCCAUCACUCCAAACAACCGGCCUGCCUCUCUCCUUGGUGACGACGGCUAUUAUUCUCGAUCAAAGCCCCAGUAUGAAAACCUCGCCGCAUCUGACUUCGUAAGCGCUCGAAGUUCUGGAGCUAGAGGUGAUGCCUCGGCCGACGAUACUGCGGCGCUGCAAUCUGCCAUCAACAAUGCGGCUUCUAGUGGGAAGGUCCUCUUCCUAGAUUAUGGGCUUUACAAAGUCACCAAUACCCUAAACAUUCCCGGGGGCACCAAGAUCAUUGGAGAAGGAUAUCCCGUCAUUAUGGGUAGUGGAUCCUUCUUUGGAGACAUGAAUAACCCUAAACCCGUCCUGAAAGUGGGAUCUCAAUCGGGAGAAGUUGGGAAAGUGGAAUUUACCGACUUUGUCAUAGGCACUCAGGGGCCUACGCCGGGCGCCGUGCUGAUCGAGUGGAAUCUCGCCUCGUCUGGCGCUCCCAGCGGUAUGUGGGAUGUCCACGUUAGAAUCGGAGGGUUUACCGGGUCUCAGUUCACCAUCGCCGAAUGCUUGAAACAGCCGGGAUCCGCCAAUAUCGACCCCAAAUGCAUUGGCGCGUACAUGAUGAUGCACGUCACGUCGCAGGCCUCGAACUUGUAUAUGGAGAACACAUGGCUAUGGGCCGCCGAUCACGACAUCGAAGACUCUACUAAUACUCAGAUUACUAUCUACUCGGGCAGGGGUCUCCUCAUCGAAUCCACAGUCGGAAACAUCUGGCUUGUCGGCACGGCGGCUGAGCACAACCACCUGUACAAUUACCAAUGGGUCAACACGAAGAACAUAUUCGCCAGCAUGCUCCAGACGGAGACUCCGUACUACCAGCCGCUGCCGGAUGCCAUCAAACCCUUCCCCGUAGUAGAAAGCUUGAACGACCCUGACUUUUCCGCUUCUUGUAAUGGCGUCGCGGGAAACUGCGCCAACGCAUGGGGACUGAGGAUUAUCGACUCUUCCGACAUCUUCGUCUACGGGGCCGGCCAUUACUCGUUUUUCAAUAACUACAGCACUACUUGCUCUACGGUGGAGGCCGGAGAGAACUGCCAGUCACGGAUCGUCUCGAUCGAGGGUUCGACCAGGAACCUUAACAUCUAUGCUCUCAACACGAUCGGCUCGCUGAGCAUGAUCGACAGGGAGGGCACGAGCCUGGCUAAGUGGCAGGACAACAUCAAUGUGUUCCCCGCGAACAUUAUGCUGUUCCGAACCGGCUAGAGCGCGUCCGCACCAUGCCAUAUGGAUCCGCGUUCCAUCGGCGCCUUCUAGUACGACAGACGGGACGCUAUCCCUUAGUUAGAGUUAUGGAAGCGAUAGAGGCCUAGGGGGAGAUGACAAUCGAAUGUCGAUGUGCGGGAUCCGUGGGCUACCGCGGCAUGACUGGCUCGGCGGCAGCGUAUCUUUCGAUGUAUAUAUCCUUUUGCUUGCGCAAAUAC